CGAUGCGCCGCGCUCGACGCGCGCACGGCGCGCCGAUCGCGCGGUGGGUCGUUCUUCGACGCCCUGCGCGAGUCUCGCGCGAAAACGAGCGCGCGUGGCGUCGCGAAGGCGUCGAGACCGCGAAAAGUGACGCGGUGUGGAUUCUUUGAAACAUUCGACGGCGACGCCGUCGUCGCCGUCAAGGACGCGAUGGACCUCGCGAAGAAAUUUCGAAGCGCUGAAUGCGGUUCUGAACACGUCCUGCUCGCGCUGACGCGGAAUCGCGAUCGGACGAGCAAGGCAUUGCACAAGCACGGGGUGACGGAGGAGGCGACGCGACGCGCGCUCGGCGAACGCGCGGGGGUGAGCGAACUGGAACUGAUGAAUCCGUUUAAUAAACCGAGCGCCGAGGGGUUGCUGGCGCUUAGCGAUGAGCUGAAAAAGGUUUUUGAACGCGCGAGUGCGAGUGGGAGCGAGGUUGGGAGCAAGGAGCUCGCGCUCGCGAUGAUUGACGAACCGGCGAGCGGGGCGCGCGCGACGAUGGCGGCGCUGGAGGGGUGCGAUUUGAAGGUGCUCAGGAAGGAGAUCACUGGAGCGAAUGAGCGAGAACUCGUGGGGGCGGGUAAGAAGACGCGGAACACGAAGAAGCAGACGUUGGCGGAUUGCUCUAUCGAUUUGACGGCGGAGGCGCGCGAGGGUAAAUUAGAUCCAGUGCUCGGCCGGGACGAAGAGGUGACGCGAGUGAUGCGGAUUUUGGUGCGACGACGCAAGUCGAAUCCGUGUUUGGUGGGCGAACCCGGGGUUGGGAAGACGGCCAUCGCCGAAGGUUUAGCGAUGAUGAUCGCUAAAGGCGACGUUCCCGAGAGCUUGAAGGAAAAACGCGUCGUGAGCUUGCAAAUUGGUCUCUUGCUCGCCGACACGAAAUACCGCGGCGAGUUCGAGGAAAAGAUGAAGAAUGUCAUGGAGGAGGUUAAACAAGCGGGAGAUAUUAUUUUAUUCGUCGAUGAGAUUCACAUGCUCGUUGGCGCCGGUGGUACCGGAGAAGAUGGUGGUAUGGAUGCCGGUAACUUGAUGAAGCCCGCGCUCGCAAGAGGCGAGUUGCAGUGCAUCGGGGCGACGACGAUUGACGAGUACAGGAAACACAUCGAAAAGGAUGCGGCUUUGGAACGUAGAUUCCAACCCGUGCGCGUCAUCGAACCCAGUCCAGAGCAAACGCUCACAAUUUUGCGCGGUUUGAAGGACACUUACCAAGAGCACCACGGCGUGUCCUUCACCGACGAGGCGUUGCGCGCCGCCGUCUCGCUCUCCACGCGAUACAUCAACGACAGAUUCUUACCAGACAAAGCUAUCGAUGUCAUCGAUGAAGCCGGCGCUUUGGUGCAACUCACGCCCGGUGAUAGUACGUUGGUUGACGAGAGUCACAUCACCGAAGUCGUGGCGCAGUGGACGGGCGUGCCCGUGCAACAGUUGAGCGCAGAUGAGUCGCUUUCGUUGAUGAACUUUGAACAAGAGCUCGGCAAGCGCGUCAUCGGCCAAGUCGAAGCCGUGCGUUCGAUCUCACAAGCCAUUCGCCGCGCGCGGGCUGGGCUGGCAGAUGCGUCGAAACCGGUGGCGAGCAUUAUAUUUAGUGGUCCCACGGGCGUUGGUAAGACUGAACUCGCCAAGGCGGUGGCUCAGACAUACUUCGGCGCCGAAAAGGCGAUGGUGCGCAUAGACAUGAGCGAAUACAUGGAAUCGCAUUCGGUGAGUAGAUUGAUCGGUCCGCCGCCUGGAUACAUUGGAUUUGGUGAGGGUGGACAGCUCACGGAGGCUGUGCGCACGAACCCGCACUCGCUCGUGUUGUUGGACGAAAUUGAAAAGGCGCACCCAGACGUCUUUAACAUUUUGCUCCAAGUCUUGGAAGACGGUCGCUUGACCGAUAGCAAAGGUAGAACGGUGGAUUUCACGAACGCCAUGCUCGUCAUGACAAGUAACAUUGGCAGUCGUGAGAUCUUAGAAUCCAUGAGCGGCGAAGGCGAAGAUGAGGAAAAGUACAAAAAACUUCAAACGCAAGUCAAGCGAGAGUUGGGCAAGGAGUACCGUCCUGAGUUUUUGAACCGCCUCGAUGAAAUUAUCAUCUUCAGACCGCUGGAACGACCCGAGGUCAGCGCCAUCGCGGAUCUCAUGCUCGCAUCGGUUUCCAAGCGUGCGCUCGCUCGUGGGAUCACGCUCGAUUUCACCGAUUCAUUCAAAUCACUUUUAUACUCCAAUGGUUUUUCGCCUCGCUUUGGCGCCCGACCAAUGCGUCGAUGCGUGCGAGGUUUAUUGGAGAACAAUCUCGCCGAAUGCAUGCUCGACGGAUUUGCAUCUUCGGGCGACACCGUGAACUUUGAUUACGACGACGACCAGGAGCUGAUUUCCGUGACGACAGCCAAUGAAACUAUGGCGCGCACGUUUGACGUCGAAUUCGGCUCUGGCAUCGAAGACGUCGCCGAAGACACCUCGGCGGACGAUUUCCCAGCCCCAUUCUUCUCGAACGAAGGUGGCGGUGAAACCACCGCUCAAGCCUUCGCUUAGUCG